AUAUAUACAAUUGUCAAUUUUUAGCGGCAUUUGUUGUAAUUAUGUGUGUAUACGUAGUUUUAAAUAUUUCUUUUAAUAUUUACUUUACACUUAAACGACCAUGUCUAAUAUUUUAAUACAACAAUUAAUAAAUAACGAAAUCAGUUUCGAUUGUUUCAAAAAUUGGAUUUUAUCGCAAGAUAAUGGAACGAAUUUUAAAUGUUCUCAAAGUGAUUUUUUAACUUAUUUCCUCAAUUUCAUCCACGGGGAAAUUAAUAUUGAAAAGAAAUUCGGUAGUGAUAGCGUUAAAAAUACCCCGACGAAAUUAAAACCGACAAUAGAAGUACAAGAAUUUAGUAGUAAAAGUAGUUUAUCAGAUAAAUCAUCAACGUUUCCAUCAUCGUCUCGUAAAUCAUUAGAAAAAUCAUUCAAUUUAAGUACCCCGAAAAGUUCGUCUAAUUCCGAAUUAUUCUCGGGAUAUUGUAGCCCUAUUUCUCCUUUAUAUAAGGAACGUAAUUUCACGACUCCUAAGUAUAAAAAUAGUGUUUGUUUAGGUGAUUUUUUAAUAAAAUCGACUAAAAAGAAAAGUGUUUGUAAAAAUAUUUGUGAUGGGUCUAAUAGAAGAAUCACACCGACGAGUUUGGUCAAUAUUACAAAAGAAUCUUUCGUUUCAUCGAAUAGUUUUAAUAAUUUCAACGAAACUAAAGAAAUUAGUGGUAAAAAUACGAAAUCGAACCGUUUAUUUCGACCCGAAUCUUCACUGGAAAAUAAACUCGAUAAUAACCAAUCAGAUACGUCGAUUAGCGAUCAAAUAGAACCGCAAUUAAAUUUCGUCUCAUAUAAAAAACAAUUAAAUAUAUUUUCCGAUAUUUAUAUAUUUUUAUUAAGGAAUAAAUUAGUACUAAACGUCACUGCGGAAAUGUAUUUUUUAAUUUCGUUGUUAGUUGUUAAAAAGCCCGUUUCGCAAUGUAAAAACGAAUACAGUGACGUAGGAAUCGAUUUUUUAAAAGACGACGUUUACACAUUAAAUAUCUCAGAAUAUUUCAACAAUGUACAUAAUAUAAUUUAUUUUACUGUAAGAUGUUUGGAAACAAUGUUCGAUGUGUUGAAAUACUAUGAUAAAUCAACUUUGAAACUACUUUCUUUAAAUGGAAAAUUAAAAGAAUUUUCUCCGACGUUUUCCGAGAAACUCGCGAAACUCUCGGAGACGAAGCCAGAAAGGAGGUUUGAGACUGUUCGAAGGGGGUGCAAUGUGUGUUAUAAUUUGGAUACCGAUACGAAAAGUAAUUUUCCUAGCGAAAUGAGUUUUCUGGCGUUCAGGAAACAGAGGGAUCUGUUUUAUGAGAUAUUGAGAAUUUGGGAGAAAAAUCGUCUUUUGGGCGGGUGGAGUUUUCAGGUCGGUUUGGGGGGGAAAAUUAGAUCGUUGAUGUGUUUGCAUAACGAUCCUACUAAUUUUAUGCAUUUGGCGAAGUUGUUUAAGGCGCAAUUGAUCGCGUCUUGCGGAAUGGCCGAAACGGAAGAAGGGUUAGAUGAAGAUCAAUUACUUAGUAAUUUUCCAAAUAUCGAUCCAGGAAAAUUGAGCAGAUUAAAAAAUCGUCUGGUAACCAAACAAUCUUCAAACGGUUUAAAUUCUUUACCGCAUUUUUUCGGUUAUCAAGAAUUUUAUAAAGAAUUCAUAUUAAUAUCAGCAAAUCACAAUUUCAACGUACAUUUACGAGAUGCUUUCAUAGCUGAAAUAAUCGAAUUAAAUGCGGCAACGUUCGAUUUGGCGGGCUUGGAAGAAUCAGAUAUCGAAGUCGAUUCUAAUAUCAGACAAUCUUUUUUUAUAAAUAUAAAAAAUUUACGAAUGCUCGCAAAGUUUUUAGGAUUCGUUGAGAGUAUACCGUAUAAGUCAGAAGUUAAUAAUUAUCCCGAAAAUACGCUCGAAAGUCAUUUCAAAAUAAGAGAUAAGAAAACGCCUUGUUUCGACGUAAAAAAAUUAUUGUUGUCGUCUAUAAAAAACAACAGGGUGGUACUACUAAUAGCUUGGUUAGUGAAGUAUCUUUCGAUGUUGGAUUAUGUCACGUUGAGGCUCCCUUAUUAUUUGUCUUUAUACGAACUGCUUUAUCAAAUUUAUCAUUCUUACGAAAAAACUUCGAAAAAAAUCGAUUACAACAACGCUUUAAUACAAUUUUCUUUGGGUUGGUUAUUCGAUUUACCCAAAUUCCCCGAUGCCGAUUAUACGACGUUUCGGAAAAGUAAAAACGUACAUUUUAUAAGAAAAUGUAAUACAUUGGACGAUAUUUCUAUAGUGGAUCAAAAUAUUUUAUAUUUCUGUUGUCCAUAUUUGGAAGAAAUUAAAAAAAUAUUGACCAACAGUAUAGGGAAUUGUACGGUGACUGUAAAACACAUUACUCCAGUAUCUGCGGUGGAAUCUUCAGAACAAAUAUCGAAAAAACGUUUGGAGCAACAACUAGAAGAAACAUUUUUCAACGGUCAACCGGAUUCCGUUAAAAAAACAAUCGAAUUCGUGAGUGAACGUUUAGCUUCCACUUGCGUAAAACAUAUUUGUAAUACAAUAGUACCAACUAUUAGAAAAGAAGCAUUGAAAACAAUAAAAACAUUUUUACAAUCACAAACAACAUCUACGAUACAAGAAAAUAAUCACCGGAUUAUUCUUAGGAUGAAAAUUUCGCAGUUAGCUCAAGAAAAUCUAAUUUUCUUAAACGAAAAAUGUUCGGCAGAAGUGUCUAGCAUUCUUCGUGUGAGGUUACCGAUCAGUAUAGAAAAUCUUCUAGCUAUCGAUACCCUUUCUCAAACGAAGUUGACGUGCGUUUCGAUAGCUUCUAGAAUGUGUAAAGAAAGAUUGACACAGUGGAUGAAUUGUCACGUGACUAUUAGUAUAUUUACGAAAGAUUUCGAAAAGGAGUUGAAUAAAAUUUUUAUCAACGGCAAUAAGAAAAAUGGGGAUGAUAAAAUUGUUUUUUCUUUACCUUCGAUUGGUAGAAGGGAAAGUCACGAUGAGGAUUCUUUGAGCGCUUUUCAUUUGUUGGAAAAAAUUAAGACCACAUCUGUAGAUAUUUUAGAUGGUACUGAUAACGUCGAUAAAAAAACAGUCCUUGACAUUGUCGCGAAAGCUUAUACGACUUUAACCGCCAGAUGUGACGUCAACGACAUCAUAACCUCAAAUAUUUGUAACUGUCUAUUAGAUUUUUCGUUGUUGCUAAUUGCUCGACGAUUGGAUUUAAUGCCCCAAAACGAUCUAUGGAAAUUGUUAAUAAAAAUUUGGAUUUGGUAUUCAAAAACUAGAGACAAUUUAUUUAACGAUCUUUUAUCGCCAAGGAAUAUAACUUUGAUGAAUGAUAGUAAAAAUCAACGGGCAUCUUGGAAGGCUUUUGCCGAGUUAGUAGCUCUUCUUAUAAUCGAAAACGUCGUUCGCUGUGAUAAUUUCGAAAGCCAAUGCAUCGCUUUCUUUAGAAAAGAUUGGGAACAGGCUGUUGUUAAUAAUGUUUGUUAUUUUAUGCGAGAAUUUGUGAAAAUAUUUAACGAAAAUAGGAGUAAUUGUAAUCAGUUUACAAUGUUGCUCGAAUUUUUGGCUGAUUUUUGCUUGGAUACGGAAAAUAAGUGAUUUCAUAUAUUUUUUUUAACUUGACUGUAUAUAUCAUAAUUAUAUUUUAUCAAAACAUGCA